AGAGGUGACAGGGUGAAGGACCUGUGUGGGGAUGGGGCUCCGUGGUGGCUGUGACAGCAGGGUGUCCCCGCAGGCCAAGUACCUGGCACAGAUCAUCCUGGUGGGGGCCCAGGUGGUGGGACGGGCCUUCAUGCGGGCGCUGCGCCAGGAGUUCGCAGCGAGCCGGGCAGCAGCCGAUGCACGAGGACGCUCCGAGAGGCCCCAGUCUGCUGCUGCCUCCAGGAUCAUUGGCAUCAGCCUCCAGGAAGCUCAACAGAUCCUCAACGUCUCCAGCCUCAACCCUGAGGAGAUCCAGAAGAACUACGACCACUUGUUCAAGGUGAACGACAAGUCUGUGGGAGGCUCCUUCUACCUGCAGUCCAAGGUGGUGAGAGCCAAGGAGCGGCUGGACGAGGAGCUCCGCAUCCAGGCCAAGGGCGACAAGGAGAAGGAGCGGAAAGCUGAGACGUGACUCCUGCCACCCCUGGACCCUGCGUCCCUCUCACCCUUAACUUAUAGGUGGCCAAUAAACACCGUGUCCUCCAGCACCUGGCCUGGCUGCUCCGUGCCUGGGGAGGGAGCAGGGACUUGCCCACUGCUGCCCCCGAGGGAUCAGCCCCUGCCCUGGGGACAAGGAGGGGGGAGGCAGCUGGGGAAGAAGGGGUGUCCUCAGGGUAUCAAGGGCUGCCAGGGCUCAAAUGGCACUGGAGGAGGCUCUGGGAGCUAUUUUUGGGCGGGGUUGGAUGCUCUUGGACUGAGUACACGGAUACCUCUGGCUCCAUACCCCAGGGGUGCUGUGCCAUUACCCUUCUCCCACCGUGGAUGACUGCUGGGUUGAGGGGGACACACACGCUGUGGCUGUCCCCUCCUGCAGCUCAUCCUGCUGCAGGGCUUCACUGGUGCCAAGGCUCCCUGAGCAGGAGUGUGGGGACACAGCCAGGGGUCAGUCACAGCCAGCUGUUCCCCCCCCCAGGUCACACCCACCCUCUCCAGCACUCCUCUGCCCCCAGCAUGGGCUCCUCACUGCUGUCACCACAGCCGCGGCAUUGAAACAGGAACUUACUUCAACUUUAUUGUUUUCUUAAUAAACUUCCUCUCCCCUGGA